UUAGGCUCAAACUCAGAGACCAAUAAUCCAGCCUACCUGAGAAGGAAUGUGGUAUAAGGGGAAGAGGAAAAAAUUUUUAGGCACUGCGAUCUCCACCGCCAGCCACCACCACAAUCUUGGUUCGCCGCCCAACUACCACAAGACGUCGCAAUCCCAGCGCUGAGAGGGAUUGUGUAAGAAUCUAAUAGCAAAUGGAAUUCUGUCCAACUUGUGGAAACAUGCUGCAGUAUGAGUUACCUCAUAUGGGCCGCCCUUCUCGAUUCUUCUGCCCGACAUGUCCCUAUGUGUGCCACAUAGAGACCAAGGUUAAGAUAAAGAAAAAGCAGCGUCUGGUUAAGAAAGAAUUAGAACCCGUCAUCACCGAAGAUGACAUGAAGAAUGCGUCUCAUACUGACGCAACAUGCCCAAGAUGUGGUCAUGGAAGGGCUGCUUACGUACAAUUUCAGACUAGAUCAGCUGAUGAGCCAGCAACCACAUUUUAUACAUGCUUGAAUGAGACUUGCAGAAACAAAUGGAGGGACGAUUAGAUACUUUCUCAUACCUAUACUUCAUUUGUUCCUUCUACGCUGUAUAAUGAGAUCUUUGCUCAUUUGUGGUUAAAUUAAUUCUCAAGCUCCCUAAA